AUGGCGCGCGUCGCGAUCGGGCUCGGACGGCGCGCGCGAUGCGUCUCGAUGGGCGUCGACGUCUGCGUGGACGCGGGCGUCGGUGCGCGCGCGUCGACGUCGACGCGCGGCGUCGACCACGGCGCGUGGUCGCGGGCGUGGUCGACGACGCAGACGAGAGGGAACUCGCGCGCGUCGAGCGCUGGCGGGAUCACGCGCGCGGGGUCGCGCGAGCGCGGGCGAGAUAAUCAAGAUCGCGAGCGCAGCUUCCGAUCGAGACGAUCGGUGGAGGCGACGAACGAGGUCGAGUGGGAUGGAAAGACGUUCAGCGGCUCACGUUUGGAAUACGCCGGGGUCGAGGUCCGCGGCGAGUUGAAAUGGCCGAUUCCACUGAACGCGCUCGCGGAGAUCAAUCCCGAGCUCAAAGAACUGUUGAACUAUGCGAAGACGAGCGACGGCGAGGCGGAACGCGAGAUGGCAGAUCGCAUGAGCGUGUUCGGCGCUUCAAACGCUCGCGCGUCCGCAAAGCGCGACGCCAAGCAACGAAAGCUGGGCGUCAUCUCGACCUCCUCCUCUGGCGUGCGUGGAACGAACGCGAUCUCAAAGGUCCCUGGACUCGUCGAAUUCGAGCAGUUUCUAUUCGAAAGCGCGUGGCGCACUGACGCCGAGCGAAUGGCGAACGCUCACGAGGUUCGGACGAUUUUGGAGGCAGAGGCAAAGAUAAAAACGCCAAUUAAGAUCAAGACGGAGGACGCGCCGAUGAGCAAAACGAUGCUCGGUAAGGUCAAGGUAAGUGCGUUGAAAGAAGCGGUGCGAACGCUUGACAUUGGUCAUCUGAUGGAAGGUGUCACGAAAAAGCCUGACAUCAUUUCGUAUUUGCUCGCAUAUUACGAGUACAUGAACGGCGCGGUUGAGACGAGAACCAAGGGUUUCCGGGUGUCUGAAGUCUCCUCCAUCAGCGCGGAAAUCAUUCGGGAUGCCGAGAAAGGUACACGGGCGGCGUCCAAGGACACGCAGAAGACGCAAAUUGAGUAUGAGGAUGACCCCAGUCGUAUGCCGUACGCCAAAGCUUUCAAGCCGGACGAGUUAGUGCAUCUUCUCGUACGCGCGCGAGGCAUCGAUGUCAUGGCGAUUAAUGUGCGCGACCAGUGCGCGUGGACGGAUCAUCUCAUCAUAGCCACGGCGCGAAGCGCACAGCAUCUCAAAGCUCUCGCGGGAGCCGUGUUGCACGCCGUGAAAGCGAGAACGGAAUACGUUGCGGGCGGGCAGCUUCAACCCAUCAUCGAGGGCGCGGAGAACGGUGGAGAUAGAGACUGGAUGGCUGUAGAUUGUGGAUCAUGCAUGGUGCACGUUUUCUCCCCGGAAGGUCGAGAGCGGUACAACCUGGAAGAGCUGUGGGCCGAUGGAACGGAAAUCGUUCACAACGCGCCAGAAAAGUUGACACUUGCGAACAUCGGCAGCGAGGACGCGACGCAUCACACAGCGUGA